UCUGAACAAGAUUCAAGUGCUUGCAGGGGUAUAGUGGAGUUGUCCUUUGAGUGUGUGAAGUGAUGGUACUUGAGGAAUGACAAAUUCAGAAGGCUUGGGUUGCAAGGUGGUUUGCCUACACUAUCUUUGGAGAAGCAAUUGAAAGCGUGAAAACACCUCUGGUGUUAUCGGAUGUCCUGAGCCACUGCUGAGUGGCUGUUUCCAGCUGAGAACCUGCCACUGCUGGGCCAGGACUCUGCUGUCUGGAGUGGAGGUGGGUCUGGGCUUGGCUUCCAACAAGAAAACUCUCUUCCUUCAGAUAAGGGACAAUAACCCAGUGCACCCAGCUUGCUUGCAUACAAAACAGAACUGAUGGUAGUUAUCCUGUGAGAUUUCAAGCAAAGUAAGUGCCCUCAGGUGGUCAUGCACAACAUCUCAUCUAAGGAUAGUUUUAGCCUUAAACUCUCUAAUGUGAUGCUCGAAAAGCAUCUGGCUUCACCCUCAGUAUCCCGCUGGAUUUCUUAUUCGCUAACAUUUCAAAGAAUGUAAUUUUUAAUACAGGUGCCUGAUUUUUAUCUGUCAAAUAUCCUUGAGGGCUUUUACAGCCACAAAAAGUGAGCAUCAGUCUUGGCCUAUCGCUGAGGAAGGCCAUUGUGCUCUCGUGUAUUUCCAGUUCUUGUGUAUUUCCAGUUUAUUUUUGGACAAGAAGUUUCCCAGUGUUGGUAAGUUAAUACCUUCUGUGACCCAUUAGUACUGUAAGCUCUUGUUAGAAUAGGUACUGAAAGAAGACAAGAAGAAAGAAUGUACUGCUGAGGGAGGAUGUAGCUAUACUAAAAUGGGUAGCAGCGUGAGCAGAGGUUCCUGUCCUGAGCUGUUUUGCUGAAUGGUAUUCAUCUGCAGGCAAACUGAGCCAGUGCAACUCAGCCUGCCUAUUUAAAUGGCUGACUCUGCACAAAGCAAACAAGAAAAUUAGUGUAUAAGCUGCACCUAACUUCUGGUACAAUCCACUGGGAGAUGAUUUAACUUGCCGCCUUGCAUCUCGCUAGAUGCAAAUUUUGCACACUGUAUGAUCUAGGACAAAACCACCCACAACUCCUUCUCUAUAUUCUAUCUCAGGCAUUAAAUGGUCCUUGCCUUGUUAGGACUUUCAGAGUGCUCUUCCAUGACCAUCUCUGUCAUUCUUCCUGGCUGCUCAGUUUCUGUGCUAUGAGUCAAUGUUAGCCCUAUAGCUUUCUGUCUGUCAACACUUUAUCCGAAGCUUAAUACUAGAACAUCUCCAUCUCAGUUAUUAUUGAGGCUAUUGGAGGGGGCCGGUGCCUGGUCUAGCAAAGGUGCGGGAAAGCAAGAUGAGACCUAAGAUUUGUCAGAGAAGCAAAUGCACUAUUAAUGCUGGUGAAGAUGUUGUGCUGAAACAGCUGAAGAAUGAGCAUCUUGUAGCAAUAGGAACCUGUGCCUGGCCUGAAAGGGAAAAGUAAGAUAGAGAUCCAGUUGAAAACGGGCUUAUUACAAGUGCUGUAAGAGGCAGGACAAGCAACUCCCACCAUCUGUAUUUCAAAAGGUAAAACUUGACAGGAUGAAGGAAAAAAAACAACCCUACUUCUGGGUGUGAGAGGUUGUUUUGAUUGCAGCUUACGAAAGGAGCGAGUGUGUUGGUUGGAGGAACGUUUGUGUAAGCUGCUUUAGGUGUCCCGUGUAAGCCCUGUAUUUUGCUGCUCUGUGGAUGCAGAUGAAGGCGGGCGAGAGAAAAGAUGUGGUUUAGCAUUGAAUGCUUGUAGCGAGAAGAAAUUGCUAGGCUUUGUAACUGCUGCAUAAGCAUUGGAUGAGAGGGUACGUUUAGGGCAGGGCUGUGUGCUUUCCCAGCCUGCUGAAGCUGCAAGCUCUGUGCUGUGCCCGGGUGCUAAAGCCCGUGGGGUACGCUACCUUGAAGUGGGUGCUAUCCUGGCACGGUUUUGCAAGUUCUGCAGAACGGCGGGUUCGCGCCAGGCGCGGCCUGGGUGUGAUCGGAGCCCAGGUCUGCCUGCGGCCCGUUCUCUUCGGGACGCGUGAGAUGACUGGAGCGGGUCCCGGGUGCGUGGGACUGAUCUCCUGUGCCCACAGACUAAAGCGACGAUGCUCCGCGUGGGUGCGUGUGCCGGGUGAGAACCUGACCUGCCUCUCGUUCGGUGAGCGACGGCCUCCCGGGCGCUGAAGCGAGGUCCUCCCCGCCUGACAGAGGCCCGCCGGUUAGAGCGGUGGGGGCCAGACCCCGAGGCCGCCAGCCUCUCGGCUGGGUUUAGGAGCCAUGCGGCCCCCUCCCUCCUUCCCGCCGCCCUUGCCGUCCCUCCUCCUCGCCAGCAGGUGCCCCUCGGCCGCCGCCGCUUCCUCUUCCCGGGCGGCGGAGGUAGGCCGGGCCGGGCCGGCCCCAGCAGCCGCGUCCCUCCAGGAUGCUGUUCGCUCUGCCUCUGCGGGUAGCCUGCAGUCUGCUUGCCUGGCUCUCUCUCUAUGCUUGGUUCUGCCAUCGCUACAAGCACCGGAAUUAUGAAUGGAGCUGCAGGCUGGUCACGCUGACCCAUGGCAUCCUUGCUACCUGUCUCUCUGCUUACAUUGGCUUUAUUGAUGGUCCCUGGCCUUUGAGUCACCCAGGAUCACCAAACACAACUCUUCAGGUACAUGUGCUGUGCCUUAGCUUGGGCUACUUCCUCUUCGACCUUUGCUGGUGUGUGUACUUCCAGGCAGAGGGUGCCCUGAUGCUGGCCCACCAUCUGGUGAGCAUCUUGGGCAUCACAGCAUCGUUGGCACUCGGGGAGUCAGCUGCGGAGGUCAAUGCCGUCAUCUUUGGUAGUGAGAUCACUAACCCGCUGCUGCAGGCCCGCUGGUUCCUGAAGGAGAUGGGAUGUUACCACAGUUUCACAGGCGAUGUGGUGGAUUUCUUCUUCGUGGUCCUCUUUACUGGGGUGCGGAUUGGAGUGGGGGCCUGGCUGAUGUACUGUGAGCUUGCUUCUCCCAAGCCCAGGUGGUACAUUAAGCUGGGUGGUGUCAUCAUGUAUGCUGUCUCCUGGGUUUUCAUGGUCAGCAUCUGUCGCUUCGCUAGGAGGAAGAGCAUGAAGAAGUACCGUGCUUGGAGGAGUCGGAGGAGUGAUGAGUUACACUUGAAAACUAAUGGACAUCUGAGAAACCACUGACUGGAUGCUGAGUAAAGACUUCCUCGAGUUCACAAUCUGGCAAGAAGGGGAUCGUGCCUGAAAUGCCACUGUCGGGAGAGGAGCCAACACACGUUAGCAAUUCUGGAGCCAGGUUUAUCCCUGGCAUAACUCCACUGAAAUCCAUGGAGCUAUGCCAUGGAUUCAUUGGACCUGCAGUGUUUGGCCUGGCAGAGGCUGGCUCAGUGUGUACGUAAGCAUACGCUAAAUGAUAUGAGUGAAAGAAGGGCUAAUUUUACAGACUAAACUUAACUCGUCCAGCAGUGCAGGUGUAAAUAGCAAUGUUAGUAGCUAACUCCUUCAGCACUGGUAGAAUCUUGGAAGAGAGGAGAAAAUAACAAUAGAGCUUCAUGUUCAGUGUCCUGUACCGUCUAGACAGCUAGAGUGACUCUUCAUACUGCUAGGAAGAAGCAUGUUCUAGUGUUUCAUUGGAAUUGGGAUUCCUGGCUCUUCCACCAACUCGUUAUGUGACCUUGGGCAAGUCAUGUAACUCUAACUCUGUGCCUAAUUUCCCCAUCUGUGAAUUGGGGGUGAUGGAGCUGAUCCAUCUGUGUUAUGCACUUUCAGAUCUUUACUUGAGAGGUGCUAUAUAAAUGCAAAAUGGUGGUUGUUAUCUGCACUUUGUUCAUUAUCCCUGUGUUUCCUUUGGGAGAAACGAUUUUGGUGGUUGAGCUAGAGUGUGACUCUAGAAAGAACAGGUUUUUUAGGUAGGUUAUUGUUUCCUGUCCUUGCUAAUUCCUUUUAAUAACUUAUUUAAUAACAUAUUGAUAACUUGGUUUUCAGUAGUGUCCAGAAGCUCUAAUUAGCACUGGCGCCUUGCAGGACUAGGUGCUCUGUAUUUACACCCAAAGACACAGCCCCUGAUAGGAAACACUUUUCUGACUUUUUAUCUCCUCUUCAUCCCUGACUGUUAAACCUCCACCCACACCCUCCAAAUACUGUUUUUAGCUCUUGAGUGACCAACACUCUCUGUUAUGAGAAGCCCCACCAGGACUUGCCAGUAAGUGGUUUUCUAGCUGAUGGACCAAGUCCUGAUUUGUCUGCAGAAUGCCAAAAUUCCCUCUGCUGUGCUUAUUGGCCCAAAUGCAGGCAUAGUGUGGAGCCAGCCUGAGACCAAAUGGCAUGCCUUGAGAUUGUCAGGCAAAUACCUUCCCCAAGCUGUAAGUAACUUUUAAAAAUAAGAACAGUAAAUGCAGGGUGUUCUACUGCAGCAAUCUGCAAACAAUCUGUACUUGCUGGUUUGGGCAAUCUACAGGGAACAGGGUCCAGAACCUGAUUUGUAGUGAAGGCUGUAUAUUUCUCUUGCCCUUGAAAGUGUCACCCUGGAUUCAGACAGCAUAUCUGAACCCAGAGUCUGCCACAGUGCUUGGGGAUAGUGGGGUACUGUAGGUGAAUGUCUGGGAGCUCUAUGGAAAAAUGAUUGAAAAACACUUGAAACUAGCGUUGAUGUUUUUCCCCAGGACCAUAGAUACCAGUUUUGACAAGAGUGUUUCCUCUGAUCCAAAUUGGGAUUUCUGUUUGAAGAGUGGCCAACAUGCAUCUUCAAAACACAGUGGCUAAGGUGGAAGAGCUACCCAGCUUCAAGUCUGUCCUCUGCUCUGUUCAAGCCAGAGACUUAACCUUGGCUCAUCUGAAUUGAUGCCUUGACCCCUGGGCUUUGAAUUCACUUCUGUCUCCCUGGUUGGAUCUGGGUCACUUUAUAAAAGUGAGCAUUUUGCAGCCUAGUAAUUAAAGGAGAGAGAGGCACAGAAUCUGGCCUUUUUUAAGCAAAAAAGUGAACCUCACUGGGAGAAAAAAAUAAGUGUUACUUAUGUGGUCCCAUUUGCAGGGAAAAACUAUCCCCCAGUUGGCAGCUUCUGGUGUUUAUUUCACUGUAUGUUCUUAAGCGCUUUUCCUUUGUUAUUGCUGUCAUUAUUAUGAUCAUUUAUUUUGAGCCUCAGCACCAGGCCUCCAGUGCAGCUCAGGUGCCAGUUCUGCUGUGAGCCUUGCCUGUUGCAGCCAAAGACCUGAAGAGCCCAAAGCACUUCAGAUUAGCAGAGCCAACUGGUGGGCGAGCUGCUCCUGAAAAGGAAACUUGACUCAUUUAGCACAGCGCAGUAAUAUGGCUAUUGAACCUUGAAGGGAGACAAGAAGGGCUGGUUGGGGCUUGCUGGUUCUUUCCCAGCUCUGCUGCUGCUGUUGGGCAUGUCAAGGAGCCUUUUUGCCUCAGUUUACCCACUUUAUUAAGUGGGUACAGUAUUAGCUACCUCGCGGGGUGUUUUAAUUUGUUAACAGUAAGCCACCUUUGACGAAUACUUGGUGGUCUGUGUCAAGCUGUGCUGCAUAAAGGCAAAAUGCUGUUGCUUUGAGUGAAGCACUUCUCAGUAUGACCCGUCAUCAAUACUUUGUUACCUGAACAUGGCACUUCGCAGCAUCUGGCUUGCCUCACAAAAGCAGGAGUCCAAGGUGUUUUACAGUGGUGCUUAUGGGUAGGAGUCAAAAGGAGUAAGCUAGACACGCGUAAAAAUCAGCCGUGCUGCUGCUUGUUCAGGUGGACUCCCAGGUUGAAGAAAGGAUGUCUGGUGGGUUUUUUCUAGUAAGGAUUACACUAAAUUUGGAGCUAAAAGAGUUUCAGCAGCCAGCCUGACCAGGGAAUAAGGGCUUUCAGCAGCAAGUCCAAGUCCUGAAGAAAUGUAGGUGAAAACAGCCUGUUCAUUUCUCAGUGCGGCUGUUGACUUGCCCACCAAGAAGAGUUUCCUGAGCAGUCGUGAUGAUUUGGACUCUGACCUCUGCUGAGGUUUGGUGUGCAGCUUAAUGCAUGGUUACAGCCCUUCUGUGGGGGCUGUGCUGCCCACGUGAAUAAGGUGUCAGUUAGUGACUGCAGGUAUCUAUGAAACACCUUGUGUGACGAUGUUGUGAAAGAUAAUGCACUUAAUGGUUGAGUGGUCCCCUUCUUUGAACUGGGGGGAAACUUGCUUGGAGGAAGUAGAGCACUGUGAUCAAUGUUGAGGCUUUAGAAGUUAAACAAGGGCACCAGAAAAUAAAAGAGCAAUUAGGAAUGGCUUUAUGAAGUAGAGCUGGCAAUGAUGUCUCCGAGCAAGGCCUCAUAGUCUGUCUAGUGGGCUCCAGCAUAGAAUCACAGACCCAGAAGAAGUAUAACUUUCAAGCUAUGGAGCACAUGGUGGGACCUGUCCUCAGGCUAGUCCAUAAUGGCUAGAGCAAGUUGUAAAAGGAAACUGCAGAACUAGUGUGAAAUAACAACUUGUGUUUGAAUUACUGUGUAAUAGCAACUAAUGUUCCACCAGUGAAUGGUGUAGAUGCUUUGUAUUAUGUUUUAUAAAAUAAAGAUUAUUUAAUUAUA